AUGGAGGGGUCUAAUUUCAACAAUAAUAACAAUAUGUAUGACAAUAGCUAAGAUCGGAGACUAAACAGAUCCCCUGACUACGGAUCAGCUAGGCAGGAGCAAGACCCUUCACAUGAAAAUUUACUUGGUGGUCGUGGGGUCUACCAAGAUUCAAGGGGAGAAUAUGAUCUCACUCAUUAGAUGUAUAUUAGAAUUGUAUUAAUCAUACUCUCAAUCAUUCUUUUGACUGUUGUGAGCUUGAGUUAAUCAUUCUUGUUAAAUGAAAAAGUAGCCUGUAUGGAGGAUAGGCUAUUCGAUUUGACUGAAGGCCUAAACUCUUAUUUUGCUUAGAACGAUAGAAUGAGAGAUGCUUUCCUAAUCAUCUGCGGACUUUUAAUGGAUAUUAUGGUUUUGACACAGUUCUACAGAUUUGCGAGGUAUGGAACAUCGUGGCGCCUCCCUAUCGCGAUGUUCGCUUUCUAUAUAUUCAGGGCUCUAGUCUAGUAACUCUUCUGGAUGCGCUAUCCUGAUGGAUAUCUCUGGGACUUCCCUGGUUUCUAUUCUAUUACUGUGCCCUAUGGAAAGACCAACGACUUUUUCUUCUCUGGACAUAUAGGAUGCUGUGUCAUCCAGAUUUUCGAGUUCAAAGCAAAUAAUUGGAACAAGUUUGCUUAUUUCAGUUUGGUUACUUGUGCUCUCUAAUUUGCACUCAUGAUAUGUCUUAGGGGCCAUUAUUUUAUAGACUUGGUGUCUGGCAUAGUUUUCGGACAUUAUUUCUGGAUGCUCGCAGAAAAGUACUCUUACUUAGUAGACGUUUACAUCUUCAGAAUUCCUUUCCAUAAAAGAUUUCCCUACUUCAGCCAUGCCUGCGGGAACUGCCAGCAUCCUAUACAGUUAUGGGCUACACCCCACUCUGAGAAUCAUUAUCUUAGGUCGGCUGAGAUGGGCGGAUUAAAUAUUAAUAGUUAGUAAGAAAGUCACUUAGCAGAGAGUCUGCAUGAGCAUUGA